UCAGGACGAGCACAGAUCGCGUAAGUUCAUAGGUAAAGGAGCUGGUAUAUAAACCCAUUGCAGUGUCACUAUUAACACACUUCAGUCGCAUCUUAGUGCAUUCAGAUCCUGCACGAACAUCAUAUAACUUUCAACAUGAUCUAUAUUCUUCUCGCGACUCUGCUGACAGCUAAUAUGAUAGCUCAAGCACAAAGGCCAAAUGAUCAAAUUCCAAUAAUAAGAUUCGAAACUGAUGGUCCCAACGUCGAUGGCUCCUAUAAAUGGCUAUAUGAAACUGGAAAUGAAAUUAACGCUGAAGAAUCUGGAUAUGUUAAGAAUUUCGGAAAAGGGGAAGGACAGGAAAUACAAGUUGCCGAAGGACGAUUCAGUUAUAAAGCUCCUGAUGGUUCACCGAUUGCUCUCACGUAUAUAGCUGAUGAAAAUGGCUUCCAGCCACAGGGUUCGCAUCUGCCAACACCACCACCUAUUCCCCCAGCGAUCCAAAGAGCAUUAGAUUACUUGAAGACUCUUCCUCCUUCAGCUGACUCUAACGUUCCAAGAGGUGGAUCUUUCAGAGGAAAACGUUGAAUGAACUAAUUCUUGAAUAGCUUUAUUAUAAUGUACCCCAACAUGUUUAGUAUUUAUCUAGAUCAUCCUUGACUUGUACACCUAAACUAAAACUACGACACUUUUAUUGUUAUUACUAUCUUCCUAAACUAAUUUUUUAUUAUACUACAAUAGAUACUCUUCGUGAAUAAAAUAAAGAUACUGCAAUCAAUACUCAUAUAAAAUAUAAAUAAUUUUGAUUUUA